UUCCGUGCGCGCCCGCCCUGUAGGAGCCGGACCGCAAGGAAAAGGGCUGGCGUCUGCGCUGCGAUCCCUGGGGGAGGAAAAUGAACGGGACGCGCAACUGGUGUACUGCGGUGGACGUGCACCCGGAGGGACAAAUCGCGGGCAGCGUGGACAUUCUCAGACUGACUCUGCAGAGUGAACUGACAGGAGAGGAACUUGAACACAUAGCCCAGAAGGCUGGCAGGAAGACCUAUGCCAUGGUGUCUGGCUACUCAACUGGUCAUUCUCUGGCCUCAGAAUUGGUGGAGUCCAACGAUGGACAUGAGGAGAUCAUUAAGGUGUACUUGAAGGGGAGGUCUGGAGACAAGAUGAUCCAUGAGAAGAAUAUUGAUCAGCUGAAGAGUGAGGUCCAGUACAUCCAGGAGGCCAGGAACUGCCUGCAGAAGCUCCGGGAAGACAUAAGUAGCAAGCUCGACAGAGAUCCAGGAGAUUCUCUCCAUCAACAGGAGAUACAGGUGGACACCUAUUUAAACGAAGAUGCCGAUAGCUUGAGGAAGACUGUGCUGGACUUGCUUGCCAAACUGCAGGAGGCUGAGCGGAAGCACCAGUCAGACCGUGUGACUUUUGAGGUGACACUCAGUCGCUACCAGAGAGAAGCAGAACAGAGUCACAUGGCCCUUCAGAGAGCAGAGGCCAGAGUGGAGCAGAAAGAGGUGGACAUUGGAGAGCUACAGAGGCGCUUGCUAGGGAUGGAGACGGAGCAUCAGGCCUUAUUGGUGAAGGUCAGGGAAGGGGAGACAGCUCUGGAGGAACUGCGGAGCAAGAACGCUGACUGCCGAGCAGAACAAGAAAAGACUGCUAACCUGGAAAAGGAAGUGGCUGGGUUGCGGGAGAAGAUCCAUCACUUAGAUGACAUGCUUAAGAGCCAGCAGCGGAAAGUUCGGCAAAUGAUCGAGCAGCUCCAGAAUUCAAAAGCUGUGGUCCAGACAAAGGACACCACCAUCCAGGAGCUCAAGGAGAAAAUCGCCUACCUGGAAGCAGAGAACUUAGAGAUGCAUGACCGCAUAGAACACCUGAUAGAAAAACAAAUCAGUCAUGGCAACUUCAGCACGCAGACCCGGGCCAAGACAGAGAACCUGGGCAGCGUGAGGAUAUCAAAGCCCCCCAGCCCCAAGCCCUUGCCUCUCAUCCGAGUGGUGGAAACAUGAGUGGAAAGAAGACGCCGCCAUUGCCACCUCUCGCCUGUGGAGAAGCCCACCACCCCCGUAGGCUGUUAGCACUGACUUUGACUUCCUGACUGUCCCCUGGCUGCACUUGGGGUUCAGGUGUCCUGCCCCUUCCAAACGCCUAUCCUCUGUAAGCCCGGUGGAUGGAGGAUGAGGCCUCCCGUGGACACCAGACCUUUGGAAGACAUUAUACUGCCAGCAGGAGCCAGGGCAGGGUCCUUAUUCCUGUAGUUACGAUUUUUCUCUGUGGUAGAGUUUCCCUUCUGUUACAGACCGGAGUUCAGCUGCCCCAGAAGCCAGGCCCUCACCUGGUUGGGAGAGGUAGCAAGAUUUGCCUCAGAAGCUGGCAAGCUGGCAGCACAACUGUCGACAGCGACUGGAGAGUGUCCUGGGGAGAUGAAGUUCCUUCUGCAAACACAGCUCUGUUCUUAGCAACAAACUGUUUACUUUUCUACUAGCUCCAU